AUGACCACCGCAAACAACUACCUGGCCCCUGCCCUCCCCGCAGACCUUAUCACCGAAUUGAUCCUCUCCCUGGACCUUCCCCGACCGACCCUCGUCGAACCCCUACAAGUAUCCGCCGCCUUCCACACCAUCUACCUCAUCCACUUCAGCCCCGACACGGCGGUCUCGAUCCCCGCCCGCCGUGAACCGGAUGGAUCUGUCAUUCUCGUCCUCCGCGUGUCCGGACGCCAACUACCCACGAUCAAGACCCUCAAUGAAGUCGCAGUGAUGACCUGGGUGCGCCAAAACACCCACAUCCCUGUUCCGGCGGUGGUGCGAUACUCCGCGACCGAGGACAACCCGAUCGGACACGAGUUUACACUUCUGGAGAAGGCGCCUGGGGUGAGCGUGGAGAAAGUGUAUCCGACGCUGAGUAUGGAGAGCAAAACCAAGAUGGUGAAACAAUUGACCGACUAUCUGAUCGAGCUACACGCCCACCCCUGGACGGACGGCUACGUGGGCGGAUUGACGAUCCGCGACGGCGAGAUCGCGUCGGGGCCGCCGAUCGAGGAGACCUAUUGGCAGGCGCCGGAUAUUGCUACCUAUUGGGCGGACAAGCAAACCUUGGAAUCGCUGAACCCAUUCAAAUCGGAUGGUUACGCUAGCUAUACGGCAUACAACGUCGCCUGUUUGGAGCGGUACAUUCACGCGAUGGAAGUGCAUCCCUCGCUCGCAGCCCACCGCGAUCGCAUCCCCCGUUUACGGCAGUUGAUCGCGGCGCUGGAAUCCCCGGAGCAUCAGGCGGAGCUGAACCGGGUUACGUAUGUGCUGGCACACAAGGACCUCCAUUUCGCCAACAUCAUGUGCGACCCGACGGAUCCGGAGUGUCCCAUCACCGCCGUGCUCGACUGGGAGUUCUCGAGUGUGGUGCCGGCGCCGCGAUGGAACCCGGUGCGGGCGUUUGCAUGGAAUUACCGGUACGCGGCCGAGGACAAGGCGGAGCGGAAUCACCUGGAGGAGGUCUUUGCGGAGAUCUGUCGGGCCAAGGGGGCGGGCCACGUGCUGGAGGAGAUGAAGCUGAAUGAGCGCCAGGAGGCCAUGCAGAAGGCCGUCAACCACGUCCGGGCCGUUGUCGAGUCUCAUCAAGUGUAUCAUCAUAAGAUUCUCAUCUCUAUACAAAACUAG